AUGUCUAUCCAAAACCCUAAUAAGAAGAUUCGCAGCGAAGGAAAACCGGACCAGCAACAAACUGACGCCGUCGACCGAUUGAGCAGUCUUCCCGACCACGUUCUUCACCACCUCCUCUCCUUCAUAGUCGAAAGCCGAUUCUCCGUCCAAACCUCCGUCCUCUCCAGGAGAUGGAGAUCCCUGUGGAAGCACGUUCCCCGGCUCACCCUCCGCGACAAUUUCUCCACCCUUGCUUCAACUUUCGCCAGGUAUGUGGACGCACUCUUGUCCGCCCGCCCUGACGGCAGCAACGUCGACGAGAUAAACUACUGCGACUUAGAAUUCUCGUGGAACACGGAGCCGCUCCACAAGGUCAUACAAUUUGCUGCUUCUCGCCGUUGUCGAGAGUUGUCUGUUACUGCAGUCACAGAUCUCCAACCCUAUUUCCUUGCCCCCUUGGCUGAUAAUAGCAAUCUCACAACGCUAGAGUUGAGGGCCGCACGUUUGGGGACGGGAUUCGGUGGUUUCAGCUCGCUGAGGGUUUUGCAUUUGGAUGAGGUCAGUCUGCCUUGUAGCAGUGCCGCUGAUCUCGAUCUUUUCGUUGGGUUCCCCAGCUUGGAGAAGUUGGUAGUGGCUAACUGUGUGUUUAGCCGUAAGCCGGAUGAUCCUCCUUGUUGCUUCAAGGUCUCCGGUCCCCGGCUCGCCCAUCUCCUGAUUGUCGAGCUUUCUUGUGCCAAGGUUGAAAUAUUUGCCCCAAACCUCAAAUUCCUAAAUAUCACCGAGGGUAUGGAAUGUUCCCCAAUUUUGUACCAGUUAACCCUCCCUAUUUCCCUUGGUCAUUAUUAUGUACAUGAUAACGGCCGUGUUGAAGGAGAGAACAAGGAAAGAACGAAGGCGCUGCUGCAGGAUCUGUUGAGCUGCAAUGGGGAGUUUCUGCAGCAUCGAUCUGAUUCUCCCUUGACCGGAUUAAAAUUUUUGAAAGUGAUGUCACCGUGCUUUCCUGAGUUUCGGUAUGUGAUAUCUCACGUCAUUUACUUCAUGAAAGGAUCUCCCCGUUAUGGACCAGAAACUAUUGAGUUUGUCUAG